AUGGUCAAUCCACCUCAUGGCGGCGAAUUGAAAGACCUUCUUGCGCGCGAUGCGCCUAUUGCAGGAGAGCUCCGCGCGGAAGCAGACACGCUGUCUGACCUUGUUUUGAGCGAGCGCCAAUUGUGCGACCUCGAAUUGAUCAUCACUGGCGGAUUUUCGCCCCUCGAGGGCUUCAUGACCAAGCCGGACUAUGACAGUGUCUUGGACAAGAUGCGCCUUGCCAACGGUGCUCUGUUUCCCAUUCCUGUCACUCUGGAUGUGUCUAAUGAGCAGGUGCAGCAGCUGCAUCUGCAGUCAGGCACCCGCAUUGCCUUGCGCGACCCACGCGACGAUGCCGCGCUUGCAAUUUUCACCGUCUCUGAUCUCUUUGACAUUGACCGCAAGCACGAGGCCGAGGCCGUGUUUGGCGCGGACGACAAAGCGCAUCCCUCGGUCAGCUACUUGUACGAGGAAGUCAAGGAUGUACUUGUUGGUGGUAGCGUGCAAGCGAUUGCAAAGCCGCAGUACUACGACUACGUCGAGCUGCGCUACACACCCGCAGAACUGCGCCACCACUUUGACAAGGUAUCCUGGCGCAAGGUUGUCGCAUUCCAAACCCGCAACCCCAUGCACCGCGCCCACCGUGAAUUGACAGUGCGCGCCGCUCGCCAACUGCAGUCCAACAUUUUGAUUCAUCCCGUGGUCGGCAUGACUAAGCCAGGUGAUGUGGACCACUACACGCGUGUGCGUGUCUACUCGAGCCUCAUGCCGCGCUACCCCAAGGGUAUGGCCACGCUUGCUUUGCUUCCGCUUGCGAUGCGCAUGGCUGGGCCGCGCGAGGCACUCUGGCACGCCAUCAUCCGCAAAAACUUUGGCGUUUCGCACUUUAUCGUCGGCCGCGAUCAUGCGGGCCCCGGAAAUAAUAGCCAGGGCAAGGACUUUUACGGCCCGUACGAUGCUCAGGAUCUCGUGCGCAAGCACGAGAAGGAGCUUGGUAUCGAGAUGGUGCCGUUCCAGAUGAUGACUUAUCUGCCCGACACCGACGAGUACCAACCCGUGGACGAGAUUCCAGAGGGAACCAAGACGCUGAACAUUAGCGGUACCGAGCUGCGCAACCGCCUCAAGUCUGGCGCGCAUAUUCCUGACUGGUUCAGUUACGAGAGCGUGGUCAAGACUUUGCGCGAGAGCUAUCCGCCCAAGACCAGCCAGGGCUUUACCGUUUUCCUCACCGGUCUGUUUAACUCUGGCAAGGACCAGAUUGGGCGCGCACUUCAAGUCAAACUUAACGAGCAGGGCGGCCGCAGCGUUUCACUUUUGCUUGGUGACACGGUUCGCCACGAACUUUCCGCGGAGCUUGGCUUUACUCCCGAGGAUCGCCACACCAACAUUCAGCGCAUUGCAUUCGUCGCCAGUGAGCUCACUCGUGCGGGCGCCGCAGUGAUUGCUGCGCCGAUUGCCCCGUACGAAGUUUCGCGCAAGACUGCACGCGAGACGAUCAUUAAAAGCGGUGGCUCUGGCAACUUUUUCCUUGUGCACGUUGCAACGCCGCUCGAGUACUGUGAAAGGACUGACCGCCGUGGUGUGUAUAAAAAGGCACGCCGCGGCGAGAUCAUGGGCUUUACGGGUGUCGACGAUGUGUACGAGGCGCCUGAAAACGCAGCUCUUGUGGUGGACCCUUCGACGCAGAGCAUUGCAGAGAUUACGCAUUCCAUCGUGCUCCUCCUUGAGGCCGGCGGUCUUAUUUAA